AUGGCUUUUCAGGGCGCACAGGAUUUUCUGCGGGACAACCACCUGGCGCCGCUGCUGAGCAGCGACCAGCGCGCGCUGCAGACGCUCAACAGGUGGUCCACCGUGGGCACGGCCCUGCAGGUCCUGGGCAGCGCCGGCGUGCUGUCGUGCCCCGUGCUAGAUGAGGACGGCGAGUACUAUGGCUGCCUCUCGGUGAAUGACAUCCUCAAGUCUCUCAACGCCCAGCUCGGGGGCAGGGACCCAGAGUGGUGGGGCCCCACAGGAGCAGGGCAUUGA